CAGGCAGCAUUCCACUGUCGGACCAGCUCAGUGCUCGGUCUCCACGCGGCUCUCCCGUCCAAUCGCAGCCCGGGAAGUCAGAAAAAACGCGGCGUGGGGGUGUGUGGAGGGGGGCAAAGAGGUGGAUGAAGUGUUCAGAGCGUGACAGAGAGAGAGAGAGAGAGAGAAAGAGAGAGAGAGCAAACAGAUAGACAUCAACAAAUAGGCGGUUAAAAGGACGCAUAGAAAGACAAGGGGGAAAAAAACGGUCACAUUUUCUAAGCACCUGAAAACGUGCGCGCUAUUUUCGGACUCGUGUCUCUUAUUGAUGACGGGGGUGUGUUUAAACUACUUCCACCGUUGUCAUGUUUUGGUGGUGACUGUACAUGGCAAGCAGCUGUACGCCUCGGGUCCUCUUGUAAUCUAGAGAGAAGCCCCUUUAAAGCAUUUUACACGGGUUGCCAAAUUGCGCGCAACACCCAUCUCUUUGACUCCUAGGAGACAAUUUGGACUUGCGUUAACAUCCACUCUUUUCUUUCGGGUUUUUGUUGGGGUUUUUUUUGCGUUUGACCGGAUUUUGUCAAGACCCCUCCAAUGCCCUGCGCACAACGUUACUCCCGCUUUUUGGACACUUUCUCCCCGCCUUGGCAGUUCGCGAUUCUUUCACCUGUUUCGACCAAACUCCUCGGUGUCAAGCAGAGGAAGCAAGUCUAGAAAAAAAAAAAAAAAACAUCUACGCACUGAAAUCGCCCUGCAAUUAACCAAGAACGUCCUGCAGCUGAGCAGAACCAAAAGAUCAUGGACAACAGCCCCGGAGGUGGUGGAGUGAUCCUGUACGCAGGCUCGUCGGGCAGCGCCAGCCCCAGCCCAGGCAGUCCCUCCAGCGGGUACCAGACCCAGUCCCCCUCCUGCCACUCCCAGCCCUCUUCACCCGAGGGGGGAGUGUCUUUCCAGGAGAUCGGGGCCCUGAAGCAGCAGCCGACGCAGAGGGGGGAGCAGAGGGCGGAGCAAGGGGGAGGAGCCACGCCCAAAAUGGUCUUUCAGUUUCCUGAAGUCAACAAUGCCCCCGUCGCCCACAUCUCCAACGCUCCAUCUGCCAACUACAGCCACCCCCCUGCGGCAAAAAAACAGUGCACUUUCAGCGGGACUUUCACCAAGACUGGAGGGAUGGUGCUGCUGUGUAAAGUUUGCGGGGACAUCGCGUCGGGGUUCCACUACGGAGUCCAUGCGUGUGAAGGCUGCAAGGGUUUCUUCCGGCGCAGCAUCCAGCAGAACAUCCAUUAUAAGAUGUGUGUGAAGAAUGAGAACUGUCUGAUCAUGAGGAUGAACCGAAACCGCUGCCAGCACUGCCGCUUUAAGAAGUGCCUGUCCGUGGGCAUGUCCCGGGAUGCUGUGCGAUUUGGCCGUAUCCCGAAGCGAGAGAAACAGCGCCUCCUGGACGAGAUGCAGAGUUACAUGAACAGUCUGAACGAGUCCUCCACCGUUGAGAUGGAGCUGUCCCCAACUCCAGACACGCCCUGCAGCCCCCCUCCCCAACAACAACCGCCCAACGACCCUAUCCCGCAAUCCUACCGCCUCCACCCGGGCCCCCAGGAUGAAAAACCCAUCCUCAAGAUGUCUCCCAGCAGCCACGGCACUUUCCAUACCGGCCCGGAGCAGAAUCAGUCCAUCGCGAGCACGCAGACUCUGCACCAGGAGCAGCAACCCACGUCGAACUACCAGCAGAUCUGUCCCAAGAUCGAGAAUACGUCCAGCUUAGACAUCGAUAACGGGAACUACGGCUAUCACAGUCAGUGUCCAGUGACCGGCAGCAUCGCGCCUCAGCCCUAUCCGACCAAUCACAACAGCUUUGAGACGCAAACACAGACGACGUGUCCAUGGAAGCUUCACGCUGGGGCUAAAGUGCUGGCGUGCCCUCUGAACUCGUGCCCCGUGGCCCCAGCCGGUCGCUCCAGUCAGGAGGUGUGGGAGUCCUUCUCUCAGUGCUUCACUCCGGCCGUUAAGGAGGUGGUGGAAUUCGCCAAGAGCAUCCCGGGCUUCCAGACGCUGAGCCAGCACGACCAGGUCAUGCUGCUCAAGUCCGGCACUUUCCAGGUUCUGAUGGUGAGGUUCUGCUCCCUGUUCGACCCCAAAGAGCGGACAGUGACCUUCCUGAAUGGGCAGACCUACGCCCUGUCCUCUCUGCGAGCGCUGGGCAUGGGCUCUCUGCUCGACGCCAUGUUCGACUUCAGUGAGAAGCUCGGGUCAAUGGGGCUGGAGCCAGAUGAGAUGGCACUGUUUAUGGCGGUGGUGCUGGUGUCUGCAGAUCGUUCUGGCAUCGUGGACACCGGAGCCGUGGAGCAGCUUCAGGAGAACUUGAUAAAAGCCCUGCGCUCCCUCAUCACCAGACGUCGCCCGGACGACAGCACCCUCUUCCCCAAACUGUUGCUACGGCUACCAGACCUCCGCACCCUCAACAACCAACAUUCAGACAAGCUCCUCGCCUUCCGCAUCGACCCGUGAAGUCAAAAGACUCAACACAAACUGAACUAAAAACCUGGGCCUAGUGAAGAUUCGGAAACACGGCAGCGUAACUUUGCUUCCUUUUCCUGUCUGAAUUGAGCCACGAAACCGUCCCGUGCAUGUUGGGGCAGUAGUGGUAGGAUAAAGCUAUGGAAGUUGAACCAGUGCUCCAGCAGUAAAGAGGACUCAAACUCAUGCACUCCACCCGAAAAUGCUUCCACAGACUGUCUGAUAAACUCUGUUCUUCCUUUGGGUGGUGCAAGACUGGCCUCCUUGGUCCAAACAGACAAAAACUAAAGCGAUUUCGGAAGCACAACCUCCCUAUACAGAAUUCUAUAUGUACAAAAUAUGUUUUAUUAUUGUACAUUCAUGCUCUGAGUGUGACGCGCACCUUUCCAUAUAUAUUGACUAUACUAUUCAGUGCUUUUCAAACUGUUUGCAUCAACUAUCUAGAAAAGAAGAAAAGAAAAGAUCGGGCUUCUUGGGCACCAAUACAGAGACUUGUAUUGAAACACUGUAAAAUGGGGGUCUAAAACAAUUUGAAAUGGUUCAAAUCGUGACAAAAAUAGGAAUGCACAGAGCCAAUCCUGAAAUAUUACCCGGAUUUGAUAUCCGGAUUCAGGCGAUAUCAUGGUUGGUCAUAAAAAUCGAUGUAAUAAGGCUUUUUUGCUGGUCGUAAGUGGCCCAAAAAGUCGAAUUUGUGUUGCGCUGAUACCGGUUGUUAUCAGGCAUCGGCAGACACUUAAAGCUACAGUAUCGAAAUCCGUAUCGGAACUGAAAAGGCUGCAUCAGUGCUCUGUAAAUUUAAGCCCGGUCAGUCCAGGUCUAAAACCGGACAAAGAUCGCUCAAAAAUCACUAAACUAACCAGGAAGAGGAACUUGCAAAUAACUUGAACGUAAGCGGACCUUGCACCACAGUUUGAGAAGCACUGGAUUCUUAUCAUAUAGCAAUAUAGAUGUCUAACUCACGGUAUGGAGGAUGCUUUCUUUGUAUAUGUCCUUAAUAAUGAUAAUGAUAAUAUAAGCUAUUUUCACACGUCAUCCUGUGGAAUAUCUUUAUUGAAAAAUCACCCAUUUGUGAUUGAGUUCUGUAUAACAUUUUUAAGAAAUGAAAGUACGUUGCAUUGUAUUUGUAUGCAGUAAUCAGGGAGUACUACUUGGUCAUUUUCGACCAUAUAUCCGACAUGAGGUGUUUGAGUUGUACAUAUAAAAAUGAUUAUUCUUGGUUAUUACUGUAGAUUACGUGUAGAGAUGUAGUAUCGAUUGAUAAUAUGAUGUUGACGUCAUUUAAGGGUUUGGACAAAAUUACACUCUGGAGAUGUUUGACAAAUAUAUAUAUAUGUAUGUUAUGUCAAUAGGUUGCGUUCAUGGUCCAGUUAUUUUAUUUUCAGACAGAACAGAGAGCACAAGCUAUUUACACAGAGCUCUAUUUGUAUGAAAUGAGGAAAUCCACAAAUGUCGAACGUGGUAGUUGUAAGGGACUGGGUUCACAGACUCACUAUCACAAAAUCGAUUUUUGCUGACACGGAAGAUUUAUAACUUUGAGUAUUGACCCAGUAAUUACAAAGAUGUAACCAUAAACCAGGUCAAAACAUCUGCAUUGUGACUCUUGAGAAACAAAAUCAAUUCUACAAUCUGUCCUUCACUUCAAUUUCCAACACUUUAGACAUCGCACGAACGCAACCUAUGGACGGCAUAGAUUUGCAGAUAUUUUGUAAAUGUUCCAAUGGUGUAGCGUACCAUUAUUAAACAACAUUAUACCGUAAAUCACA